GGCAUUAGAAACCCAGAAGACUUGCAGAAAUUAAAACUGAGAAUUUAUGUAAAAUAGUUUACCGCCAAAGAAAAGCUGAAAAGCAAUACUCGGAUUAGUCCAAUUUAUUCUGGCUUGCCUAAAAAAUAAGAACACUAACGCCUACAUAUUAAUUUUCCACCGGAGAGUAUAACUCGUCAAUGUGAUUUCUGGCUGGUGGUGGAUAGAAACGUUUUUUUCACCCAAAACAGUAUUGCAGUGGAUGGCGUUGUCGCCUCAAAACAAGAGGUUGUCCAGUUCGAUUCUGAGCUGUGAUGAUUUCCGUACUGACCUAACAUGUCGUACCUGUGUUUGAGUGGGUUUCUUCUGGUUGCUCCGGUUUCAUUCCAUAUACCAAAGAACUGCAGUAGGUGGACUGGACACUCUAAAUUAGCAGUGUGCGUGUGUGUGGUAUGAAAGGCAGGACAAACCACCCAGUAGUGUAAACCUUGGCUCCAGAUGAUUGUCUCUGUUGAAGUGACACUCCGACCCCAAGUGUAAGAAUGGGAAAAGGAGCUGUGGCUAGAUGGAAUAUAGUUUAAUUCAUUUUACAGCAUGGCACGUUAGCUCUCACAUAUAUGGGAAACGUAGAAUUCCAGAAGUAAUAAGAGCUUUAUUAAUAUUCUUUUGUUGACAACUUGGCUCUGCUUUCGCGUUUACCUCUCAGUAGCCGAUAACAGUACCUCAGAUAAAUCUCUCUACACGCUAUGAAGCUCUUAUUAUCACACACUUUUAUAAAACUUGGUCAGUCGCCUGGUAUAGUCUACACUACCCAUCGGAAAGGGUGUCUCUAACCGAGUUUGCGAUAAUGGACUCGGUAUUACCUACUUUAUUAUUUUGCACUGUUUCCUGUCUGGUGGUGAAUUUACAACAUUUAGUUGAAAAACAGGAUACAAAGAUUACAUCAAGUCACAGCCCAAUCUGUUCUACAGCAAAACAGGUGGUCUUACUAUUGAGAAAAAAAAACAACAGCAUUUCCACUCCCCCCCCACUUUACGAAGGAAUUUCCAAAAUAUCAUGGAGAACUGGAAUUUUUCUGACGUUCUGCUUCCUGUGGGCCUGGCCUUACGAUCGCGGGUUGUACAGAAUAAAAGGAGCAGCUGUGGACAGCAAGUAGACAGGUAAACUAUUCACAGCAACUCACACAACAGAAACAGCGGUCUGCACUGCUCUCUCUUGUGAAGUGAAGAACCGAAAAGAUGACCCCCAGCUCCAAAGUAGCCCUCUCCGUCCUGCUGCUGGUCACUCACGCUGCAUUUUCCUCAGGCGCAGCUCUAGGCGUGGAUUUGCGAUGUAAGUGUAUAAACACAGUUUCCGAAUUCAUCCCUCAUAAGCGCAUGGCAAACAUUGAAAUUAUCCCCAAGGGGCCACAUUGCAGUGCAGUCGAGGUCAUUGCAACACUGAAAUCUGGCCAGCUGACCUGCCUGAAUCCCGAGGCUAAGUGGGUGAAGGUCAUCAUUGAUAAAAUACUGAACAGUGGAAAACAUCAUUCUCAGCAUGUGUGAGAUGAACAUUUAACCACAGAAUCUUGGUACCUGUUUCCUGUAUGAAAUGGAACACCAGCAGCAUGUUAACAACUGGGAACUGCAAAAAGCAGGAGUGCCAUUUGUGAAGCUAUAAGAAGACAUUAUUGUUUCACUGGCAGGACUGUGUGCAUCUGAUAGGGUUCAUGAAAACUUCACCCAGGGAUCGUGAGACACUGGCAUAUUUAUUAAAAGAAACUAAGCUAUUUAAAUUAUAUUUAAUAUACCCAUACAUAUUUAUGUGUAUAUAGAAUUAUGGGUUAUAUUUUGUAUGGAAUGAGCAUUUUUUUGCUCACUGUUGUUAUCCUGUACUACUGCUACUAGACUCGGCAAUGUCAGCUGCCAGAAUUAUCCUUUGUAAUUUUUUGAACUGCUCUUUAAGAGUAGUAUCUGCAGAAUACAAUACUAAUUCCAUUGUACUCUGCUUCUAUUUGCGGUUUGAAAUAGGAAUGUACUUAUAUUUUUCUGUAUGGUCUCUGUUCUGACAGAAGAACAUACUUUGAAUACUUUUAGACACUUUGUGUCUUUUUAGUUUGACAUAUUGUCAUACCUGUUUAAUUUUUUUUUUUUUUUGCCAUGUAAUGUGCACAUGCUUUAAAAUGUACUGUUUCAUGCCCUGUAUACAUAUUCUGUCUCUGCCCUAGUUGACAGAUGCUACAUUUCCUUAUUUUACAGUUAAGCCUGUAUCAGGCAUCACAUAACUAAUUGCAUCUCAUUGUCAAAUAUGAACUGAGGAUCCACAAACUGUUAUUAUUUAAAUGAAUCCCCAAUCAGAAGUACUUAGGGUGAUUCUUUUAUUUAAAUAAUAUUCAAGCAUGAAUAUUUUUGAAAUGUAUAUAAAAUGUUUUUUACAUGUGAAUUUUAUUUGUAGAAUUGUUAUGAAUCCACAUAUCAAAUAUUAGUUUUUUAUUGUUUCCUGAUUUCAAAUACAUGGGCAGAAUGAAUAUUUCUGAUAUUAAUUUAUAGAAUGUUGUAAAAAACAGUACCAUAAAACACUCUCCAGAGUAAACACACCACUGUAAACAUGAAGAAUAAUAAAAGCAACAGGAAUAAUCCAAACAGUGGUGGCAACCAUGCAGCUCACGAACAAUGUAUGUUCACCAGAAGUAGUCCUUAGGAUAAAAAUAAUUCUUCAGACCAUUAGGAAGAUACCAUAGUGUGUUGUUCCCAUUGCUAAUAGUGAUUGGUUAUGAUUUAGUAUAUUAGGAAUGGCAGCAACACACUAUGGUAUCUUGUUAAUGGUUUGAAUAAUUCUUUUUAUCCUAAGGACUACUUCUGGUGAACAUACAUUGAUUGUGAGCUGCAUGGUUGCUACCACUGUUUGGAUUAUUCCUGCUGCUUUUAUAGAAUGUUGUGUUUUGUAUUGCAUUUUAUAAUGUGGAACAUAUGUAGAAUAUUACACUGUGAAUAUUUCAUUUUUAUAUGUAUAGCACUGACAUUAAAUGGUAAAUUAUGAA